UAGCAAACGUUGAACGAAAGGUACUUGGCCGGUGUUAGAAGGAUUUGGCACUUCAAGGAGGCUCCUGAGUCCACAAGACGUCUUGAGACUGUCCUGGCAGUACAAACGUCUAUAUUGGCAGGGGGCGCACUUUCCAUGUCUAUCAGUUCCAGUUUUCCUCUUCUCCAAAGGCUCCAGUUUAUCCAAAGUUCAGGAAAGGUCUUAAGUUGCAGAGCUAUGGCUAUGAGCACAAGUGAGGGAGACGUGUAUGUUGGGACAACAGAGAGAGGGUUGACCCAGGAGCUGCAGUUCCCCGUCCCCUGGGGCCACAUCGCGGGGAAGGCCUGGGGAGACCCGCUCGGCCGCCCUGUACUCGGUCUCCAUGGUUACCUGGACAACGCCAACACGUUUGACACCCUGGCACCACUACUGCCUAAAGAUCUGUACUUUGUGAGUCUGGACCUGCCUGGACAUGGCCGCUCCUCUCCCAUACCUCCCGGCACCGGCUACAAGAAUGAGAGCUACCUCAUAGAUGUGCACAGGGUCGUACAAGCCCUAGGCUGGAAGAAGUUUUCUCUGAUUGGGCACAGUAUGGGAGGCAGUGUUGCAAUUAUGUACUCUGCAGUCUUCCCAUCAAGUGUAGAGAGGCUGACCUUGUUGGACAUGUCAGGUCCUGUCGAUCGCCCGCUAGAGGGAACAGUAGAAAGACUACAAGAUGCUGUGAAAAGGAGGUUUGAAGUGGAGAAGACAUCAGAACUUCCUCCCCAUGUGUACAGCAGGACAGAGGCUCUUCACAAGUUGCUGAAGGGGAAUCCUUGGGUGACCAGAGAGGCUGGGGCCGUACUGUUAGAACGGGGAAGCAGAGAGGUGGAAGGAGGUUUUGUGUAUACAAGAGACCUAAACUUGAAAAAUCUGAGCUUUUUCAGCUUAACACCUGAACAAGCGGAAGAGUUGGUGAAAGGAGUGAAGUGUCCAGUUCUGAUGCUCAGGGCCACACAAAGUGUGAGAAACGCACUGGAAGAGGAAAGGGGAAAGAGGUUUCUCCCUCUCUUCAAAGCCAACAGUAGCCAGUUUACAGAGAUACAAGUGGAGGGAAACCACCAUGUUCACCUGAACAGUUCAGAGGUAGUGGCACCUCACAUCAGCACAUUCUUCAGUCAGGACACUCCAACUCAGCCACCUCAGAGCAAACUGUGAUUGCGUAAAGAUACUGGAGUGUUCUUGUAGACAACUGUUACUUCCCUCACCUGCUUUUGUUUUGAUGCCUAUCAGUCACCUUCCUCAGAGCUUCUGACUGGAGAACUACACAUGUACAUAUAGUGGCAAGAAGCAGCACUCCAGUCUAUAUACGUAUACAUGUAGGUAUGGAAAUGUAAAGAGAUAAGAGACAUCACUGGGACAUUCAGUGGGAAGUAGAUCCAGUCAGUAUUGCCCUGAGGAAGGUGACAGAUAGUCCACAGACAUGUCAGUCAGCAGGCUAUUUUUGUUAUCCAGUGUGCUUUAUAGUAUAUUGUAUGGAGUAAAAUCUAAAAAUACAGUAUAAAUUACAAAAUCAGUUCAAUAAAAGUAUAUAUAUUAUACAUAUUCAGAAUAAAUGGUAUGACAUUCAAAUUAGAUAUGCAGAACAUAGAUAACACAGGAAAAUGAACUAUUAUAUGUAACUAUUGAUAAACUGAUGGAGCAUGAACUGAAAUGGAGAUUAACAUGUUGCCUGAAAGUCAAUGUAAUAUAUUGUUUUUACAUUUACCAGUAAAAGAAUAAAAUUGAUGUGAAACAAA